AUGGCGCACCGCGAGAGAGCGCCCUAUGUGCCGCAAGACCCAAAAGAGGUCACCGAUUUGGUCCACGCUCUCGAGGCACAUAAGGGCAAGAAGGGACAGGGUGGUUUCUCAGUAAAAAAACACACAUUCCCACUUCCCAACGGCCGAACCGUGGACUCAUGGAAGAUGAACGAUUGGGACUACAAAAAAGAGAAUCUCCCCACAUAUGCGCGAGGACUCUUUACAUACAAAAACUUGCAGGGUAACUACGAGAUUGCAGUCAGGGGGUACGACAAGUUCUUCAAUCAUGGAGAGAUCCGGAAGACGGAAUGGAAAAAUGUGGAAAAAAACACACAGGGUCCGUACGAGUUGAGUGUAAAAGAGAACGGGUGUAUUAUCUUUGUAGCUGGCCUAGACGACGACACACUACUGGUCUGCAGCAAACACUCUACAGGCCCUCGGGAAGGAUGUCUCAGUCACGCUGUUGCGGGCGAGCAGUGGGUUGAGCGACAUGUUGCCAAAGUCGGCAGGACCAAGGCGGAGCUGGCGCGUACCCUUCGGUCCAUGAACGCGACAUUAGUAGCAGAACUAUGCGAUGACGAAUUCGAAGAGCAUGUGCUGGCAUAUACUCCUGAGCAGGCUGGCCUCUACGUACACGGCAUCAAUCUGAACCUGCCUGACUUUGCGACAUAUCCUGGCCAUCUGGUCGACAAAUUUGCCGACGAGUGGGGUAUGAAGAAGGUCACAUACGUGAUCGAGAACGAUAUCAAGAAAGUAAAGGCCUUCUUGGAUAAGGUUGCGGAGACGGGCAACUACGAGGGUCGCGACACAGAGGGUUUCGUCAUCCGCUGCCAGGCACGCGAGACUGAGAACGCACCAUAUGUGGAUUGGUUUUUCAAGUACAAGUUCGAGGAGCCAUAUCUCAUGUACCGUCAGUGGCGCGAGUGCACUAGAGCUCUCAUCGCCGGCAAAGUACCGCGUUACAAGAAACACGAGGCAAUCACCAAGGAGUACCUUGACUUUGCGCGCUGGAAAUUCACUCAAAACAAGACCUUGGCCAAGGCUUACAACGAGAAUCACGGCAUCAUCAAGAUGCGUGACGAGUUCUUGGCUUCGCGUGGAACCACUGGUGCUGAAAUCAUUCGACAAGAACUGGAAAAUGGGGCAGUCGAGAGCAAAAAUGCGACUGGGAAUAUUGUGCUUGUUCCUGUUGCAACUAUUGGGUGCGGAAAAACAACUCUGGCUCUUGCUCUAGUCAAGUUGUUUGGAUGGGGUCACUUCCAGAACGACAAUGUCAAGGCCAAAAAAGGUCGUGGCCAGGUGUUCGCUGACACGAUUUCUUCGCUGCUAGUCACAAACCCAGUCGUCAUUGCCGAUCGAAACAAUCAUCAGAAGCGCGAGCGAGACCAGCUCAUCAACGACAUCUCUAAGAACGUGCCAGAUGCGCGCUUCGUCGCAUUGCAUUAUGUUCAUGACCGGCACAACUACGACCGAAUCCGAGAAGCGACACGGGCGCGUGUGCUUGACCGUGGCGAUAAUCAUCAGACCAUCCAGGCAGGCUCAAAGGGAUCAAGUGAGAUUAUCGAGAUCAUGGAAGGUUUCAUGCAUCGGUUCCAGCCAGUCGAUCCUUCUGAAAGCCCGGACGAACUCUUCGAUUUGGUCAUUGACUUAGACCCUACUGUCGACUCCCGCCAGAAUCUUGAGUCAAUCAUUGGAAGAAUGUUUGAGACAUAUCCAGCUCUAUUUGCCGAUAAACAGAUGCCGACUGAUCCCGAUAUGGACGCUGCUAUCCACUGGGCUCUGAACGACUACACGCCGGAUUUCAAGAUGGACCUAUCGCGAGGCAACAACGAUAGAAAGGGUAUCCAGAACAAACAAAACAACCAAAAAGCUCAACCAGUAGCAAAACAAAAGAAGGCUCCACGCAUGGAGUACUUCUCCGUUCGUCUCAACACCAACCGCGUCAACGCAGUCCUCGACGACCUCUUCAAGGACAAGGACGCCAUGACCGCCCGAAUGUACAACCAACUAAAGCAGAGCCGCCGCGUCCAAAACGAAUUCCAUGUCACUUUGAUCCACCGGGCCUCUGCAGCUGAGAACCAAGAAUACUGGGACAAGCUCGUCAAGCACCACGAAAACAUGCAAAAAACAAACAUGGAGGGCUCGUGGGAACCAGAGCUCGGCAAGUGCGACGUACAACUCGAACGCCUCAUCUGGGACGACCGCAUAAUGUGCUUCGUUGUACGCUUGAAUGGCUCUAGCACCUUGCAGAUCGAGAGUGAGGCUGGUACCGCAACCGAGGAACUUGUUUUCACAACUGCAAAUCCCAUUGCCCACGUUACUGUCGGUACCGCGGCGCCGAGCAUCAAGCCUAUGGAGAGCAACGCACUGUUGCAGCGCUGGGUGAAUGGGGGCUCGGGAGGUCAGACUGGAAUUGGGGAGUUGAGUGUUAAGGGCAAUGUUGUGCUCGACGGAAGUGUGAGGGGUGUGCUUGGACGCAUGUAG